AUGAAGAUGCACAACACCUCAUCUCUGGACCCUCCAAUGGUAACCCUGAUUGGAAUCCCUGGUUUGGAGCAUGUGCAGUUCUGGAUUGGGUUCCCCUUUUGUGCCUUGUGCAUGGUGGCACUGCUGGGGAAUGUCCUCCUGUUAGUAAUUAUCCCCUCAGAGCGCAGCCUCCACCAGCCUAUGUAUGUCUUCUUGGCUGUGCUAGCUGCCAAUGACUUGGGUCUCUGUGCUUCCAUAGCCCCCAAGAUGCUUGCCAUUUUCUGGUUCAGUGCUUGCACCAUGACAUUUGAUGCUUGCCUUACACAGCUGUUCUUUAUUCAUGCCCUACAGGGCAUGGAAUCAGGUAUCCUGCUGGCCAUGGCCUUUGACCGCUAUGUGGCCAUAUGUAACCCCCUCCGUCACUCAGCAAUCCUCACACCAUCUGUUAUGGGUCAGCUGGUUGGGGUGGUGGCAGCCAGGGCUGUAGUUUUGGUGAGCUUGGUGCCUGUCUUGCUCAAACGCUUGCACUUCUUCCAUUCCACUGUUGUAGCUCAUUCAUAUUGUGAGCACAUGGCUGUGGUCAAGCUAGCUGCUGUGGAUACCCGGAUUAAUAAGGCCUUUGGUCUCUUUGUGGCUUUUUCUAUCUUGGGUUUUGAUAUGAUCUUUGUUCUUGUCUCUUACAUGCUGAUUCUCCAAGCCAUCUUUCGCCUUCCCCAGAAAGAGGCAAGGAUCAAAGCAUUCAAUACCUGCACAGCCCACAUAUUUGUUUUCCUAGAGUUCUAUGUUCUUGCCUUCUUCUCUUUCUUUAGCCACAGAUUUGGCCAUGUAGCACCAUAUGUGCACAUUCUUUUGUCUACUAUAUACCUCCUUGUGCCUCCAGCACUUAAUCCCAUUGUCUAUGGUGUGAAAACUAAGGAGAUCCGAGUUCGGGUGGUAAGAAUAUUUGUCCCAAAGUAUUGUUCCAGCAAGUGA